AUGGACACUUCUAUGAUCCGGACUGUCCAUCUGUGUUCGACGAUGCUCAAUCGCCGAGGCAUCAUAUUGGCAGUCUCUGGAUUGGUUGUAUUUGCUCUUUUUGCAUGGAACAUCUCGGUCCGUGGGAGAUCACUGUCCGUCUUCCAGCAUGGCGUCGGUGUGGUGGGCCAUAAGGACAGAUUUGAUGGGAAAUGGAAUUACACGAGAGACGCUGGAAACCUGUUGCUGGAUUCAGAACAAUGCGAACAGGCCUUCCCAGGGCUGUUUGAGGAAGUCGAACGACCUAUGAAAGGGAGGGCGAAGUCACAUAUUACGGUUGACGAGAUUGAUUCCAUUCCUAGACGAAAUGGCUACGUUCGCGCCAUGAUUUUUGAUCAACAGCUCUAUGUCAUCGCAACAACAGGUGGGAUCUAUUCCCGUGAAUUGGCGACACUCCACGCUCUACACCGGGCCAUCAUCUCUUCACCCGAACCUCUUCCCAACAUAGAAUUCGCUUUCAACACAGACGAUCGCAUCCCCUCGGUGCCCUUGUGGGGUUAUGCCCGACGCAAGGAGGACACGAACAUCUGGCUAAUCCCUGAUUUUGGCUUUUGGUCCUGGCCUGAGACCAAAGUUGGUACUAUGCGAGAAGUUCAGCUGAAAGCUACAUUGACCGAACAAGUCGACGGGUGGUCGUGGUCGACAAAGCUACCAAAACUCCUCUGGCGAGGUGCGACCAUGGGCUUGGAACUGCGAGAGAAAUUCCUUGAAGUCACCAAGGAUAAACCUUGGGCGGAUGUGAAAGCCUUGAAAUGGAAGGACAACGAUUCCAUGGUCAACGAUCUUAAAUCCAUGCCUGAACACUGCCAGUACAAGUAUCUGGCUCACACCGAAGGGAAUUCCUACUCUGGACGACUCAAGUACCUCCAAAGCUGCCAGUCCGUCGUGGUCGCGCAUAAAAUGGACUGGAUCCAACACCACCACCCGCUCAUGCGAUCGAGUGGACCUCAGCAGAACUUUGUCGAAGUUAAACGCAACUAUAUGGACCUCGCAGAGAAGAUUGCCUGGCUCGAGACGCACAACGAGGAGGCUGAAGCAAUUGCUUCAAAUAGCGUCCACCUGUUCCGGGAGCAGUAUCUGACUCCUGCCGCCGAAGCGUGUUAUUGGCGGAAGCUGAUUCAUGGCUGGGCCAGCGUGAGUUUCGAGCCUGAAUUCUUUGAGAUUGUGGAUGGCAAGAAGAUUUGGAGGGGCCUACCAGUGGAGUCGUUCAUGUUGGAGCGAAGACUUGAGUGGGAUCCCUAUUGA